AUGGUGCUCGACCAGUACACCUACAUCUUCGCCAUUGGCACCAUCUUUGCCAUGCUGGAUGCCUAUAACAAUGGAGCCAACGAUGUCGCCAACUCCUGGGCCACCAGCGUCUCUUCCCGCUCCAUCUCCUACCGCCAGGCCAUGGUCUUCGGCACCAUCUUCGAGUUCCUCGGCGCCGUGACCGUCGGUGCCCGCACCGCCGACACGAUCAAGAACGGAAUCAUUCCCCCCGAAGCCUUUGAGGGCAACGCGGGCGUCCAGAUGCUCGCCUUUGCGUGCGCCCUGGCCGCCGCCUCCUCAUGGGUGAUGUGGUGCACCCGGCACUCUACGCACGUCUCGUCGACUUACUCGCUCGUCUCUGCCAUCGCCGGCGUCGGCGUCGCAACGGCCGGCGCCUCCUCCGUCCAAUGGGGCUGGAACAAGGGCAACGGGUUGGGCGCCAUCUUCGCCGGCCUGGGCAUGGCCCCGGCCAUCUCCGGCUGUUUCGGUGCUAUCAUCUUCCUCCUCAUCAAGUUCGUCGUCCACAUGCGCCGCAACCCCGUCCCCUGGUCUGUCUGGACCGCGCCCUUCUUCUUCCUUAUCGCCGGCACCGUCUGCUGUCUCUCCAUCGUCUACAAGGGCUCGCCCAACCUGGGCCUUUCCAAAAAGCCGCCCGGCUGGGUCGCCGGCGUGACCCUGGGCACUGGCGGCGCCGUCUGCCUGCUCUCCGCCUUCUUCUUCGUCCCGUUCGCGCACGCCCGUGUCAUCAAGAAGGACUACACCCUCAAGUGGUGGAUGUUCCUCUACGGCCCCAUCCUCUUCAGCCGUCCGGCCCCGGCGGACGCUACCUCCGCCGAGCUCUCCAGCGUCCCCAACUACGCCGUCAUGCAGGACGACGGCCUCCCGCCCGACUCGCCAGAGACCCUCGUCGACGAGCCCCUCCCGCCAGCCGCCCAGUCGGAAAAGAACCCCUCUGCUUCAGCUACCGAGGCUCAGCUCGACUAUAAGGAGCUCGUCGCUCGCGGCCAGGAGCGUUUCCACGCCAAACUCCGACGCGGCCGCGGCCCCUUGGCCUGGGCCAUGCGCACCCUCCACGACAACCCGAUCGGCUCCGGCGAGAUCUACGAGCUGCACAACAUCAAGAUCCUGCUCAAGCGUAUUCCUGCCAUGAUCACCGUUGGACUGCUCUAUGGUCUGCACUACGACAUUCACGCCGCGCAGUCGGGUAUCCAUGGGACCCCCGAGGGGGCCCGCAUGGAGCGAGUGUAUGCCCAUGCCACCAAGUAUCCCAAUGAGGUCGAGCAUACCUACUCCUUUGUCCAGAUCCUGACGGCCUGCACUGCCUCUUUUGCGCAGCGGCGCCAAGCGACAUCGGGAACUCCGUUGGGCCGUGGGCGGUUCUCUACUCUGCCUGGACCACCGGCAAGGCCAAUCACCUACCACUCGCCCAGUCGUGGGUGCUCGAUGGAACUAGGCGCCGCCAUUACAGUCCUUGUUUUCAGUCAGUACAAGCUGCCCGUGUCGACAUCCAUGUGCAUUACAGGCGCGACUGUUGGAGUCGGUCUGUGCAACGGCACCCUCAAGGCCGUCAACUGGCAGCGGGUGGGACUGUUGGGACUGGGAUGGAUCAUGACGAUCCCCAUUGCAGGAACGCUGGCCGGAUGUCUGAUGGGGUUGAUUCUGAAUGCGCCGCAUUUUGGCUCAUAG